AGACAACCUUGACCCUUUUUAACAUCAACAAGAAAAGGAAGACCGAUUUUCGCAUUUUAUAAGAUUUUUGAGCGUGUGCCAGCUGACGGAAUGAUUUACUCAAAUGUAGCACAAUGAGAGAGAGUUAAACCUGGGAUAGGAGUCAAGUGCGUCGUAACUGUUAACGCAUGAAAUGAUCAGGGCAAGCAGCCAGGAGCUACUCAGAGGUAAUUACAAUGACAGUUCUGGUGACUUUUCCCUGUCACCUGCCCCAGUGGCCCCAAGUACAGAUGUUAAUACUGGACCUUCUGGUCUCUCUGGACACAGAGGAACUGGACCCUGGUCAAGUGGUGGCCAGACUGGAGGCCAUCUUGAAUGCUGCCCGUCCCCAGGACAACUUGCACCAGCAGCAAGAAGGGGAGAAUCAUACUCAGCCAGAAGAGAGAUCCAAGCAGGAAGUGAUGUCACAACAGGAAGUGACAUCACAACAGAAAACAGGGUCGGCAGAAUGUGAUCAUAAUAUUGGAAAAGAUGGAAAGAAAAACAGAAAAGGAAAACAAAAGAAAGAACUAAAUAAAAAGGCUGGUGACAGUGCUAGGGCAGGGUCUAGACGUCGAGGUGGAAAUGCUGACAACAACUGGGUGUUUAAUGGACUGCAGUAUUUCCUAGAGGUGACAGCCUCUCUCCAUGAAAGAGAGGUAUUCAUGAAGACCACCCUGCCCACUGUACUAAAGCUGGUGUUAAGACUGGAGGAGGUCCUGCCAGAAGAUGGAGUGGACAUAGCUGUCCAGCAGCAUGCCUGUACGUUGGCGCUACAGAAGGACCUGGUUUCCAGUAUCAUCGCCUGUGGCUUCCUCUGUCUGUUCCCUGAUACAAAAGACUACACAGGGGAUACAAAGUUGCACAGCAUCAAUUUUGACAAUUUCUUCACGUAUCUUAAGGGAUCUAGGAGCCCUUCCCAGAGUGCCAAGCUGAGGUGUAUACUCCACUACUUUAACAGGGUAGCAUUGGCGGACUUCCACAUGGCUGGAGAUAUCCGCUACAUACGAAAGGUGCUGAAAAAAGACGAGACACCAGAUUUGACUGCCUGGGUGGACUGUGAGAAGCCUCUGUGUCAGAUUCAUGUCCAUCAUGACAGGAAAAUUGAAGAUGUUGGAUCAGAGGCAAUACAGGUUGAUUUUGCCAACCGGUUCAUAGGAGGUGGAGUCCUAGUUGGUGGUAGGGUCCAGGAAGAAAUCCGUUUCUGCAUCAGUCCAGAACUGAUAGCCUCUUUGCUAUUUAUGGAAUUCAUGAUGGACAAUGAGGCAAUUAGUAUAGAGGGAACCACCCAGUUCAGUGACUACACGGGAUAUGCCGAGAGCUUCAGAUUUGCUGGUGAUCAUCAUGUGGAAGAAAAGCAAGAUGUAGUAGUGUGUGCCAUUGACGCCACUAGAUUUGGCCACCAGGGGGCGUACAAGCAGUACACGGCAGAUAUGGUCCUUCGAGAAGUUAACAAGGCUCUUGUAGGAUUCAAACAAUCUGAAAUUGAAACAAGGCAGACAGUUGGUCAGUUUGGGUCAUGUGACUUCUCAUUAAGCCAAUCAGAAGAGUCAGAAUAUUUUACAGCAGUUGAAGAAUUGGUGGAGGAUUCUUCAGUGACCUUGACCUUGGCUGAUUUCACGUCUACUCUUGCUAAGGCCAUCCUUGCCUCGGCCAUGGCAGAUGCCAUGCAGCUUUCAAAGGGUACUAAAGAAGAGAUAGAGGAAAAUGAGAAUGACAAUAUGGCAGCAGAGAAUGACCUUGCCAACCAAGCACCACAUGACCACCUUCAACCAAUAGGAAUCUGCAAUCACAGCCACUUAAACGUUCCAGUGGAUGUUCAGAGCCUUUGGAUGAACCAGUUUCGCAGACGAAGCUCAAAUUUAAGUGACAUUUCCUCACGGCGUAGCAGCUACAGCACACGCCAGAGCUCUGACUUCAGUACAGAUUUUGAGGAAUAUUAUGAAGGAUUUCAACAGAAAGAGAUGAAGAAACGCCACAGUACUAUCAAAGAAGAAUCGAGCACCUCUCAGCCGAGACUCUCAGACUUUGCCACAGCGUUGAUCUCGCAGUUAAUGGAGGACAGUUGGAAGGUGGUGCAGCAGAGUUUGGCAGGGGUACAGGCCUUUGACAGCUGCCAGCCUGCUGUGAAAAUGGUCAGACCUCUCCCAACCCGCGGGAUGAAAGGGCACCAACUGGCAGCCAUUUCACAAGAGUCGUCCCAAGACCUCAGUAACAGUAGUGGUGACUCCACCACAGAGGAGGAGAGCACUGAACAGGAGAGAAAAGUACAGUUUGAUCGUCUUGAAGGACCUCAUAUUGAAGAGUCCACCAGGGAGUAUGUGAACUCUCUUGUAGAGGGGGCUGUGAGUAUCCUCAGAGCUAACCAAUCGAAAGACCUGCUUCCACAGGUACCUGACGGUAAUUCUGCAGCUGUGAGUAGAACUGAUAUUGAUCCUCAGGACAGUUCAAUACCACACAUACAGGGGAAACACGGGACAAAUUGUACAACUGGCAAUGACCUCAGCAGUGACCUUGACAUUUGUGAUGACCUUGGCCUUUGUGGGAAAGCCAGUUCGACCAAGAAGAGAUUGCAUAGUUCAACUUCCACAGGCAGAACAGCUCAGCCUGGAGGCAAAGACACAUUUGCUCAAGUUCUUCUCCAAAAAGUACUUGGCAGUGAAGCAGGCUGUCAAAAAGAAGAGGAGUUAAGUGCCAAAGGGGUGGAGUCUUCUCCUGUCAAUCAAUGUACUGACAGCAGUACAGGUGGUAUGGUUGGAGAGAUUUUUUCUAAAACAUUGAAUGAGGCAACACAAGGCAUUGCAGCAGUUCUACGAGGACCAAUUGCAAGUGGGGAUGAGCUGCAUGACCUUUAUGAAUUUAAUGACCUUGACCUUAGGGGCACAUGCCCAGUUGACCUUAACCCUGAAGAGAGGUCUUGGCCUCCUCCACCCAGAGCCUGUGUUGGAGAGUCAUCUAUGCAGCAGGACAAUGUGCCAAACACAAACUACGUAGACCAGUGUCAAAUGAGCAACUGUCUAGCUUUAGGCGAAAGUCAUCAAUCAUUUUCAGUUGGAACAGAAGUUGUUGAUGGUUCAGAGAUCUCACAGGCUCACCGCAGUCAUGCCUUCACAACUCAGUAUAGGAACUUGGACCAGUAUUCUAGUACAUGUGCCAAAAUAGUUCUCUUGGAUGCAUUCAGUGUGCUAAGGAAGUUUUACAAGUUGCACUCAGACUGGAAAGAUAAACGGCGAGGGAGUGUGCCUUUAACCAAAGACUCGAAAAACAUUGGAGCUGAAAUUCUUGCUGGAGAGUUUGCCAAAGGUUUCCGGUCAGAUGAGUUAACAAGAUUUGCAGAGGACUUGGUCAAAAGAAGUUCCAUGACAGAGCUAAAUAAACUCCCUCGGCGAGGAAGUUGUGGAUUCCGAGACGCCACUCUCUCAGACUUUGCCGAGCAGCUCAUGCACAGUAGCUCGGGAAGCCCAUCAUUUGAGAUGUUCCAGAAAGUUCAAAACCGGUCUGUUUCAACUUCCCACAGGAAAAGUUUUGAUUUUGGUAAUUUAAGCCGUGGUGGUGGUGGCGGCAGCAACGGGACAUGUCUUUAUGAUCAACCUUCUGUGGUGUCAAGAAGAGGUAGCACAGGUGGUAUUAAGAUGAGGGAUAUUUUCAACCUGAAGCCGUUCACAGAACGCCUGUCUGAUUAUGCAGAUGAUAUUGUGAACGAGGUGAUUCACGAUGUCUUUGUAAGGUUAAGUCGUAGUGAGACAUGUACAAGUGAGUCUGAAUAUGAGGACCAUGACUGUAGUGCCUGUACCCAUGACAGAGACUCUGAUGUCGACAACAACCAAGAACCAGCACUGAACAAUAUGGCGGCAACCGUAAAUCUGAAUGAUAACCAAAGCGUUUCAGUUUUAGCAGAUACUGUCGAUAACUUUGCCCAAACUUUAUCAAGUAACAUCAUUCAUAGUGCAGUUUCUGAAGUGGUUCAUGAAUUCUUGCCACUUGCACCUGAACAGGCGUAUGGUAUUCCCCAUGAUGUGUCACAUGACCAAGGAACUGACCAGUCAGAAGAUGAGUGGUCAGAUGCAGCCUCUGGCCCAGACAUAGAGGCUGUUGCCAAGGAAGUCGUUUCUGCAGCAAUAAAUACAGGAGUAGAGAGAUAUAUUGCUGAAAUGGACAUUCAACUUCCAAUAGCCACGGGUAACUGGGGGUGUGGUGCAUUUGGAGGAGACCCCCAGCUGAAGGCGAUGAUCCAGUGGAUGGCGGCUUCUUCUGUGGAUGCUCCGUACCUAGCCUACUUCACAUUUGGGGAUGAGAGAAUGAUAGAGUUUGAAGCAGUGGUGAAGUACAUCUUAGGUAAAGGUUGGGCUGUGGGAGAUCUCAUGCAGGCAGUCCUGAACUACUGUGACCUUGCUACCAGUGAAUAUGAAGAAAGUCACAUGGUCACGACGCAGUUUUUCCAGUACAUAUUCAUGUUGUGAGAGUCCAGCCAGUUCAGUCACAUUUCGUUGUACAGACUUAACUUGCCACCGGUGAAUGAAAUAAAAGGAAGUUUAUCAUUGAUAGUUACACCAGUUUAUCCAGUUUAUUAGUGCUUUUUGAGUGCACUGAAUUUGUUCACUUCUUAGUAUUAACGAAGGGAAACUAUGCCUGCCUGUAUGGCUACUACACUUAUCCCAGUAUUUUUAAAUCAUUUGUGAAAACAAUGUACAUGCAGGCUGUAAAGAUUGGCACCAAUCAAGUAGACAUUAUUGCCAGUGCCUACUUUUCCAGUGCAAACUUUUCCACUACAUACUUAUCCUCGUGCUUUGAGAGUAUGUAAGUACAAGCUCAUCCUCAUUCUGUAAGAGUGCAGUAAGUUUAUCCUUAUGCUUUUAGAGUAUAUACUCUGUAGUGAGUUCCUUCUCAUGCUGUGAGAGUACAGUGAGUUCGUCCUUUUGCUGUGAGAGUACAGCGAGUUCAUCCUUAUGGUGUGAGAGUAUAGUGAGUUCAUCCUCAUGCUAUGAGAGUAUAGUGAGUUCAUCCUCAUGCUAUGAAAGUAUGGUGAGUUCAUCCUUGUGCUGAGAGUAUAUUGAAUUCAUUUUCAUGUAGUCUGAUCAUUUUUAUGAUCACAUAAUAGGAAUUUAUAUUGCAAACUUAAGAAAAUUCUCUGUUAGUUUGGGUAUUGGCCAGAGUUUAAGGCAACAGUAAUCACAUGCUAAUAAGAAGUUAUUGUAGUUUUGUUGAACAGAAUUCUGUUUUAAAACUGCAUGCUGCCUUGAAUUUUUUUUUACCCUGAAGUAUUUUUAUUUCCAAGCAAGAACUAUAAAGAACACUACACCUUUGAACCAUGUGAUAUUGCAGUUGUUAAGUAAAAAAUGCAUUGAUUUUUUUUCUUUUUGCUUUGCUUUCUUUGACAAACCAGUUGUCUAUCACCUUCACAAAUAUUAACAGUUCUCAGAACUUCUGAGUUAUGUGGACAGUCAUUAUUUCUGUGUUAAAUGUUAUAGCUUGCUGUGGUCAUGUAUCAUAAUUAUCAUACAUGUCUUGGAAGCAUUAUAAAACCAUAGUAUCAGCCAAUUAGAUGAAGCACCAUGGUUGUUUAUGCCUAAAUAUACUCAUCAAAACCUGUUGCUUUAAUUUACAACUGGUGGCACAUGCAGAAACGUGAAGUGCCAUGUUCAAAUCAGACCCAACUUGGACUUUACUUUUGUUCAUAGUUGAAUUGGUGAUUAAAUAGCUGUUAUAGUACUGUAAUUGCUUGAUCUUUUCAAUUGUGGAAAUUGUGAAUUUGACAGAUACUGAAUUUAUAAGUCAAUUUUUUAAAAUUAGAACAUUUCUGUUGAGUGGUAGCAACAAAACUAAAAAGCAGGCUACUCUAUAGUUUUAUUCUAUGUGAUCUAAGCACAACAAAUGCUAUAUAGUCUAUUUCUGUGAGAAAGAUUAAAUUUUUGUGAUUUUAUGAAAUGACAUGUCUGAAAAUUUGAUAAUAUUUGCCUGUUGGAAAGAGAAUCAUAAAUAUACUGUGCAACAGCAAUGGCAUUUGUUAAAGAUGGCCCUCUGAUUAUGGUUCGCUGUCCAUAGCAAUGUGAUCUAUUGGCAUGUGGUAAAAAAAGAGUUUGGUUAAUUUUUAGUCUUAAAGUGAAGGUCAGCUAAUGUGUCUGUUCAAUUCCUUUGUGACAUUAAUAAGACUUUCUACCAAUAAUCAGUUCUGAUAUGUACACAGACAGACAGCUUAAUUUGACAUUGACUAUUAUUUAUUGCUAAGUCAUGACUGUCAUCGCAUUUGUUUCUCAACAAAAGUCUAUCACAGAAAACUAAAUAUAUUCUAUUCCUCAAAGUUUUCUUUCCAAGUGCUUGCCAGAAGUAAUGGGGCUAGUAAGGGGCCUGAAUGUGAGAGGUUGGUUGGGGGACAAGUAGGGGGUGCAUUUGUCAGGAACCAAUUAUAAUCUUAAAAUAUAGUUUGGCACAAAUGAAGUGAUUUAAAUUUGCAAGGAAUUGGCUUGUUCUAUUUUCAUCUGUGUAAGCGGCUUGAAACGUGCUACAUGUGUAUUUACAUAACUGUGCUACAUGUGUAGUAACAUAAUAUAAAAGAGUAGUUUACAAUAAUUUAAUAUGUAUCUUGCUUGAGGCAAGUUUUUGAAAGGUGAUUUUCACCAUUGAAAUUGUGCCACAUUUUUCAUUUAUGAAUGUUAAGUCUGAAGACAUUGUUUUAUGUUGACUGUGUACUGGUAUGGCUUUAUGUUUUGUCUGAUGCCUCUAACUUAUAAUAUGUCUAUUGAGUUGGUCAUUUAGAAGAUGUUCAUAUCAUCAAGUGAAACAAAGUAUCAUUUUACUAUUAUGUCAGUUUUGCAGAAAAUAAAUUUGACAACAACA